UUUUUUCAUUUUGUUUUCAUUUUUGUGUUGUCAUCGAUUUAAUUCUAAAACGAAACAAAUACAAAUGGUAGUUCAUUUCAUUUCAUUAGUAUAAUAAAUUACUUGCUCUUGCUAGUUAGUAGUAAGCUAAGCAAGUAUUCUCGCAAAUCAUUAUUAAUAUCAUUUGUCUUAUCAAGCUUAUCAAAAAACCAAAGUUUAAUUUUAUGUUUUGAGAGUAUAGAUAGUUUUCUGACGACACACACAAAUAUGACAUUAGCAACAGAUCGCAGCUGUCAGGCUAAUAUGGACGUAAUAGAGAAACAACAUAAGGGAGUUGGUUCGUGGCUCUGGGGAUGGGUUUUUAAUUGGACACAAAGUUCACCGAACAUGUUACGCGCCGUCGAGAAGAGGAUCCUCUCGUUCCUCCAAAAGCCAUACCGUGGAUUUUAUGUAGACAUUGGCCCAGCCAUCGGGGAAUCCGAUAAGGUAUGGACAGUCGAGAUGAAUACCGAAUCGAAAGAAGUGCCUUUGGUCAUGCUUCAUGGCUUGGGGGCUGGAAUUGCUCUCUGGGUAAUGAAUUUAGAUGCACUGGCCCAACAACGACCCGUAUAUGCGAUGGACAUACUUGGCUUUGGCCGGAGCUCUAGGCCGCAGUUUUCGACUGAUGCUUAUGUGUGCGAAAAACAAUUUGUUAAAUCGGUGGAAGAAUGGCGGCGAGAAAUGAAUAUUCCUAAUAUGAUACUGCUGGGUCAUUCGAUGGGUGGAUACAUAGCCUCUAGCUACGCCUUAUCUUACCCCGAUAGAGUAAAGCACCUUGUUCUGGCUGACCCGUGGGGAUUCCCCGAACGACCGAGUCCUGACAGUACUACGGCGAAAUCUAUUCCCGUUUGGGUACGUGCAAUAGCUUUUGUGCUCACACCGCUGAAUCCUCUUUGGGCUCUUCGAGCUGCUGGUCCAUUUGGCCAGUGGGUAGUCCAGAAAACCCGCCCUGACAUUAUGCGAAAGUUCUCAUCGGCUGUUGAGGAAGAAACCAGUCUCCUAGCACAAUACAUCCACCAGUGUAAUGCUCAAACCCCCAGUGGGGAGAGUGCAUUCCACUCGAUGAUGGAAGGCUUUGGCUGGGCCAAGAAUCCCAUGGUUAAACGUUUGAAGGACAUUCGUGAAGACAUCCCCAUAACAUUCAUCUACGGGUCUCGCUCUUGGAUGGACAGUUCGUCUGGACCUUUGAUAAAAUCCCAAAGGAUCAACAGUUCUGUGGACAUAAAAGUAGUUUCCGGUGCCGGACACCACGUCUAUGCCGACAAACCCGAAGUAUUCAAUAGGUAUGUAAAUGAAGCUUGUGACGCAACUAAAAGAGCACAAGCCGAAGCAGCCCAACAGAGCCAUAAGAUCCGAGAGUCGACAGAGUCAGAUGAGGAACACGAAAAUGCCGCACAACCGAGUUUGAAGAGAAAAUAGGUUUGCCAGUUUAUUUAUGGUUAUGGCCUAAACUGUGAGAACUUCCUUUGUAUUAUUAUUUUAUUUAUGUAAAUAAGAGAAAAAUAUUGAAAGCAAACUAUUUACUUUAUACAAUGUAUUAGAUAGAUUGAUGCCUAUUUAUAAUUUGUUUCACCUUUUGAAUAAAACACACACAAAAAUA